CAGGUCUCUCUUCCAAGGUCUGUCUGGAUCAACUUUUAACAAAAUGCUUCUGUUCAUACAGUUCUGCAGUGGAUCCUGGGAUAAGAUGUUAAAGAUCUGGUCUGCAGUACCUACAGAUGAAGAGGAUGAAAUGGAAGAAGCAGCUAACAGACCACGGAAAAAGCAGAAAACUGAACAGUUGGGACUGACAAGGACUCCCCUGGCAACCCUCUCGGGCCACACAGAAGCUGUCUCCUCUGUACUGUGGUCAGAUGCUGAAGAAAUUUGCAGUGCAUCGUGGGACCACACCAUUAAACUCUGGGAUGCUGAGACUGGAGAUCUCAAAUCAACUUUGACAGGAAACAAAGUGUUUAAUUCUGUCUCCUACUCACCACUGUGUCGACGUCUUGCAUCAGGGAGCACUGACAGACAUAUCAGACUAUGGGAUCCUCGCAGCAAAGAUGGCUCCCUGGUUCUCCUGUCUCUGACUUCUCACACAGGUUGGGUGACAUCUGUGAAGUGGUCACCUACCCAUGAGCACCAGCUGAUCUCUGGUUCUCUGGACAACAUUGUGAAGCUUUGGGACACAAGGAGUUGCAAAGCUCCUCUGUAUGACUUGGCUGCUCAUGAAGACAAGGUUUUCUGUGUGGACUGGACAGAAGCAGGGUUGUUACUGAGUGGAGGAGCAGACAACAAACUCUAUUGCUACAGAUACCCAGCUACAGCCUCUGAUGUGGGGGCAUGAAGAUCAACGGCCAGAAAACUUCUUUCAAAAAAACAAGAUUUUUGCAGCAGUUGCUCUCUAUUAGCAUCUCUACACAAUCAACUUCCAAAGAAAGGAGAAGUUUGCUGUUGUUCCUGGUUUUGUAUUGGUAACCUAUGUCCAUAUUUGUCACAGAAACAUAGCAAAGCCCAAGUGGGAUUAAUGUGAAACAAGGCAAAGGUCAUUUCCUCUCUUUUUGGUGGCUUUGAAUUAACAUCUUUUAAAUGACUAUUUGUAUAGCCCUUUUAAUAAGAAGUAAACUGUUUGCUGAUACUUAGAGAAAAACUACUCACUGACUAAAUUAUUUUUUUAGUUUAUCUGUUUUCCGUUGGGAAAAAAAAAUAAAGCUUUUAUCAACAGGUCA